CGCAAUGGCGGCGCCUGGUAGCAAGUAAUGAUGAGAAGGAGAGUCAAUUGGCUUUUUCGACUUGACAUUGCUGGUACUAUGGGCGCUGUGGUUGCUGGUUGGAUGUAUGGGAAGAGUGGUUGUUUUUGUUGCGACGGGAGAUAUAUUCCGCCAUGACCACCAUCAAGCAAAGCAAAGCAUUAGCAAGGCCAUCAUCGGAUGGGGAUCUGCUGGUUGCUGGGGCGAGAGGGAAUCGGAAGGGGAAUAGGGAGAAGACACAUGGACUGCUGGGCGCUGAGUGCUCCUCUGUGCUCUGGCAUGGAUUGGAGAGACAAGACGAAAGUGGUGGAGUUGACCCGGCUCAAGGCUACUAGUCCAAGCCUGGAUAGCUACCCACUCUUCCUUCCUCUUCACUUCCAACCAGCCAAUCAUGUCUCUCCCAUUCAACGCCCGGUGUAUUUCCCUACCUCUUGCCAUCCCCCCACUCUUUCGUUCUCCGGCGCGGGUACCUGUUAUUGUGCCUGUCUACUACUACGAGGGACUACGACUACCGUCCACGUUCUGCGGUCAACCCGUCUACGGCCUACGGUCAACCAUUUCUGGUGCUGGUACCCUACCCAAGUCUGUCCCUCUGCUACGACCACUGCCAGCCAACAAUCCUCACCAAUCACCGGUUCACUCUCGGGUUGGUUGAAUCCCACCAAAGCCUAUCUCUGCUCCAAUGCUGUGUCAUCAAAGCCGACGAUCACCUUUUUUUUUUCACUCGCAAUUGUUUCCCAGACUUUGCGCGCGGAGAGAGAGAACGGGUAUUGUCCCGCGGCGAACCACUGCGUAGGGUACUUCCUUCCCACAACGGAAGAAGUGCGCAAUCUACGUCGGUGAAUGGCAAUGAGCAGCAAAUGGCAACAGCAGUAGCAGCAGACGACAGACAAGACAGACAGGUCGUACAACUCGCGCCGAUGAACGAUUGAUUGACCAGAGAUCUUGAUGAUUACAUGCAUGCACGCUCAAUGGCUGGAUGAUGGACGCGGCGAGGUGUGA